AUGGAUAACAACACACAAAGGCGCAGAUGGGAUUACUCCUGGAUUGUUCUUCGAAUUUCUUUGCUAAUGUGCCUUGGGGACAUGAUUACGGCCCAGAUAAGGUACGCUAUUCCGGAAGAAUUGAAAGAAGGCUCUAUUGUAGGGAAUGUCGCUAAGGAUUUAGGUCUUGAUAUUAAUACACUGGUGGACAGACGGCUGCGUAUUGUAUCCGGUUCUGACAGUGCUCUUUUCCACUUAAACAAUAACAAUGGCGUUUUGUACACCCAUAAAAAAAUCGACAGAGAGGAAAUAUGUUCGGGAAAUAACCCUUGCGUAAUAAAUUUGAAAAUAGUGGUUGAAAAUCCACUUGAAAUUCAUUACAUAGGCGUGGAAAUUACAGAUAUAAAUGACCACUCUCCUAUGUUCACGGAAAAAGAGAAACGUCUUGAAAUAGCGGAAUCAACUGUUCCAAAUACCCGUUUUCAGCUGAAAGCUGCUAGCGACCCCGAUACUGGAGAGAAUUCUGUUCGUUUAUACAAAUUAAGCCAAAACGACCAUUUUGAUGUGGAAAUAAGAGACUGGGGAGAAGAUAGGCUUCCGUUUUUGGUUUUACAGAAAUCACUCGAUCGCGAGCGAAGAGCUGAGCAUAAUUUAAUCUUAACUGCAUUCGAUGGAGGAAGCCCGCUUAGGUCAGGUACACUCAACAUAACAAUUAUUGUCCUUGAUGUUAAUGACAAUCGUCCUAUAUUUAGUCAAGACGUAUACACGACAACACUGAAAGAAAACGCACCUAUUGGAACUUUGGUGUUGACAUUGCAGGCAAAUGAUAAUGACGAAGGUGUAAAUGGAGAAGUGCAUUUUGUUUUUGGAGGAGGCCAAAACCAAAACUCGUUUGAUAUUUUCGUAUUAGAUAAAGCAACGGGUGAAAUUCGAAUAAAAGACGAAGUAGAUUUUGAAAAGACUAACAUUUACAAAUUAGAUAUUCAAGCUUCAGACGGUGGGCAGCCUCCAUUGACCACUGAUUGCAGAAUUAUUAUAAAGAUAGAAGAUGAAAAUGACAAUCAACCAUACAUAGAGAUAACUUCAUUGUCCAGUAUAGUUCCAGAGGAUACCAGACCUGGAACUGUAAUAUCGCUAAUUAGUUUUAGUGAUAGAGACACUGGUGUAAAUGGGAAAGUUGAGUGUGCUGUAUCGGACAUUGUACCAUUUGAAUUAAAGCCAUCAGUUCAGGAGAACAUGUAUUCGCUAGUGAUUAAAGAACAACUGGACCGAGAGCUAGUUUCAUAUUAUGAUAUAACAAUUACUGCCACAGACCUAGGAAAGCCUCCCUUAUUCUCCACUAAAACACUGAGAGUGCAAAUUUCAGAUGUAAACGAUAACAAGCCAGUAUUUCCACAAAAUCCGGUUGAACUAUAUAUAUUUGAAAAUAAUUUUCCAGGUGCUUCAAUAUUAAGUAUUAGUGCAACUGAUAGGGAUGUAAACGAAAAUGCUUUAAUAUCAUAUAAUAUUCUUAGAGGCAGGGAUAAAAAUAACGACAUAUCAUCAUUUCUCAACAUUCAUUCGGAAACAGGAGUUAUUCAAGCUCUAAAAUCCUUUGACUUUGAAACAACAAAAACUUUCCAGUUUCAUGUGCUUGCUACAGAUUCAGGAAGUCCAUCACUAAGCAGCAACGUCACGGUGAAUGUGUUCAUUUUGGAUCAGAACGACAACAUUCCAGUGAUCUUAUAUCCAGUCAGCACUAACAGUUCUGCUGAUGGUAUGGAGGAUAUUCCCCGCAAUGUGAAUGCGGGACAUUUGGUGACUAAAGUGAGAGCCUAUGACGCAGAUAUCGGAUACAACGGCUGGUUAUUAUUUUCACUGUAUGAAGUGAGUGACCACAGUCUCUUUGGUUUGGACCGUUAUACAGGACAGAUAAGGACCCUCCGCCCUUUCACAGAAACAGACGAAACUGAACAUAAACUGGUCAUACUGGUCAAAGACAAUGGCAACGUUUCACUUUCAGCGACAGCAACUGUGAUUAUUAAACUUGUUGAACCCAAAGAGGCUAUUGCUGUGUCCGAUGUUAAAAACACAGUAAGUGACAUGGAGGAAAGUAACGUGACAUUUUAUUUGAUCAUUACCUUGGGAUCAGUUUCAUUUCUUUUUAUCAUCAGUAUAAUCGUGCUGAUUGCAAUGCAGUGCUCCAAAUCUACAGACUAUUCCUCCAAAUAUUUACAAGAUACAAAUUAUGAUGGGACAUUGUGUCACAGCAUCCAAUACAGAUCUGGGGAUAAACGUUACAUGUUAGUUGGACCCAGAAUGAGUAUUGGUUCUACUAUAGUUCCAGGCAGUAAUGCAAAUACCCUUGUUGUAUCAGAUCGCAGGGGAGGAACUUCUGAUGAGGUAAGACAGAAAUGGUUUAUAUUUAUAUAUAUAAAACGUUUGUAUUCUAAUUUUAUAAGGCCUGGCUUGGUUGAUUUGCGUCAGGCAGAAGCAAAUCCACGUAAACCUGCUGACUGUUGUAUGAUUUUGAAGAUGGCGAUUAUCUCAGACUAA